CCAUCCUUAGGUGAACGUGCUUGCAGUGACUUAUUACCACACUAGAGGUCGCCAUUUCCCUUUACCUGUGCUGUGACGUCAGCGCCAACCUGAACGCAACAUCACGGACGGACAGACGGACGCACAGCAUCGGAGUCAGACGACGACACACCGGAGCGGAAGAUGGAGCGUUCCGAGGAGACGCCCGACGUCCUGUGAUUGCGGAGGACACAGGACGCAAAGGCGUCACACCCCCAGGACGUCGAACCUCUCCGUAGUCGAUGUCAGCUAGCCGCCAUGCCGCGCCACCGCCACCACCGCCGCGGCGGGGAGAAGACAACCGAAGAGUGACCAUCACCGGCCGGCCGAGCCUCGGGCGCCUACGAUGACUCGGGUCCCGUUCUUCCUGACGCGCUGACCGUGGUCCGGGUGAUCCAGCCAUGCUGAUCAAGGAGUACCGCAUCCCCAUGCCCAUGAGCGUGGACGAGUACCGCAUAGCUCAGCUCUACAUGAUACAGAAAAAGAGCCGCGAGGAGAGCUGCGGCGAGGGCAGCGGCGUGGAGAUCCUGGAGAACAAACCCUACCAGGAUGGGCCCGGUGGCUCGGGUCAGUACACCCACAAGGUUUACCACAUCGGCAAGCACAUCCCGUCCUGGUUUUGCUCCAUCCUGCCUCAGGCCGCCCUGCGCGUGGAGGAGGAGUCAUGGAACGCCUACCCGUACACGCGCACCAGGUACACGUGUCCAUUCGUAGAGAAGUUCUCCAUCGACAUCGAGACGUACUACAUGCCUGACACCGGCGACCAAUCGGAUGUCUUUAGUCUGUCCUCUGCUGAGAAGAGACAAAGGACAGUCGACCCCAUCGACAUCGUCAAGGACUACAUCGCCCCCCACGAGUACCUGGCAGAAGAAGACCCCCGACUGUACCAAUCGCUCAAGACCAGGCGAGGCCCGCUGUCUGAAGACUGGAUCGAGGAGAUCAACCGGAGUUCCGGCGACCGCUCGGUCAUGUGCGCCUACAAGCUGUGCAAAGUGGAGUUCCGCUACUGGGGCAUGCAGUCCAAGACCGAGCGCUUCAUCCAUGACGUCGGUCUGCGCAAAGUGAUGGUGCGAGCCCACCGCCAGGCGUGGUGCUGGCAGGACGAGUGGUACGGCCUCACCAUCGAGGACAUCCGACAGCUGGAGCUGGAGACCCAACUGGCCCUUGCCAAGAAGAUGGCCCAAUACAGCCUCAGCGAGGAGGGCGGCCCCGACACCAACGGCUGCCCGGCCCCUCAGGACCAGAGCAGGGAUCAGGAGCCGCGGGUCGCCGCCGGAUCCGCCGCCGAGACCGAGGCCGGCGAAGUGAAGCAGGGCGCGUUGGACAACCGGGGCGAGCUAACCAAGCAGUGGUCCACGUCGUCCCGAUCCUCCAACAGGUCGUCCAAGAGAGGAGGAAGUCCUUCUCAUCACAGCCUGAGCGAGUGGAGGAUGCAGAGCAUUGCGCGAGAGUCCGACGACAGCACGGAUGAUGAGUUCUUUGACGCGCACGACAGCUUCUCCGACGGCGAGGACGCCUUCCCCAAGGAGAUCACCAAGUGGAGCUCCAACGACCUGAUGGACAAAAUGGAAACCAUCGAAGUGGACGAAGGUCAAGAGUCGCUGUAUCCCGAGUCGGCCGGGGAAUUCGGCGCCAUGACCAACGAGGAGACGCAUGUCGAGGCAUCUCAGCAAUGUCUGCAGUCAUCCAAAAUUCACGUGCUAAUUCUGGUCCUGCAUGGAGGAAACAUAUUGGACACGGGCUCAGGCGAACAAGCGAGCAAGCAAGGUGACGUCAACACUCUGAGCGGCGCCUUCGAGACGGUGAUGAGGGUUCACUACCCGACCGCACUGGGCCGCAUCGCCAUCCGCACAGUACCGUGUCCCGCUGUCUGCGUGGAAGCCUUCUCGCUGGUGUCCAACCUGAGUCCGUACAGCUACGACGAGGGCUGCCUCUCGAGCAGUCAGGAUCACAUCCCGCUGGCCGCGCUGCCGCUGCUCGCCACGUCGGCGCCGCAGUACCAGGACGCCGUGGCCGCCGUCAUCCUCAGAGCCAACCAGGUGUACGCCGACUUCAUCAGGUCGCUGGAAGGAACCUCCUUCAACGGACAGGUGUGCGUGAUCGGAGACUGCGUGGGAGGCAUCCUGGGCUUUGACGCUCUGUGCAGUAGUUCGGUUCUGGUGUUGGAAAGUCCCAACAGCAGCAGGCGGGGCAGCGCCGUCAGCGUGCAGGACACGGAGCUGCUUUCUCCCGGCAUCGUCAUCAACAGCGCCUCGCCGUCCCUGGAGGGAAGUCGGCACCUGAGCCGGAGUAACAUCGACAUCCCUCGAUGCUCGGGGCCCGACGACCCCAAGAAGCAGCUGCCGCGCAAACGCAGCGACUCCUCCACCUACGAGAUUGACACCAUCAAGCAUCAUCAGGCCUUCUUGUCCAGCCUGCACUCCAGCGUGAUCCACGCCGAGCCUUGCUCUCGCCGCUCCAGCAACAGCACCAUGCUGGAGGGAGGCUCACUGGGCAAGUUUGACUUUGAGGUGACAGACUUCUUCCUGUUCGGAUCUCCUCUGGGCCUGGUGCUGGCGCUCAGGAAGACGGUGGUGCCCUCAUUGGACGUGACGGCUCUGCGUCCGGCCUGCCAGCAGGUGUACAACCUGUUCCACCCGGCAGACCCGUCAGCCUCUCGCCUGGAGCCUCUCUUGGACAAACGCUUCCACCUGCUGCCCCCCUUCAGCGUCCCGCGCUACCAGCGCUUCCCCCUGGGCGACGGACACUCGGCUCUGCUGGUGGAGACGGUGCAGAGUAACCCUCAGCUCCUGAUGGAGCCGGCGCUCCAUCGCAGUCAGGAGACCGGCGUGAACGAGACCUGCAUCCCCGUGCCCGUCCUCAACUGGCCGUCCUCCACAGAUGGCGGCACUCACAUUUCAGUGGACGCGCCAUACCCGCCUCCGUCCACGUCUCCCGGGGUGCCUCACAUCCGUUGUCACCGCCGAGCGAGCGAGGCCAGCCUGGCGAGCCAGGUGUCGGGAUUGGCCGACUCCUACGCGGCCUCCAACGUCGCCAACAUCGCAUCCCGCUGGUGGGGCAGCAAGCGGAUGGACUACGCCCUCUACUGCCCCGAUGCCCUGACGGCCUUCCCCACCGUGGCCCUGCCGCACCUCUUCCACGCCUCCUACUGGGAGUCCACCGACGUGGUGUCCUUCCUGCUCCGACAGGUGAUGAGGCACGAGAACUCCGGAAUUCUGGAGCUCAACGGUAAAGAAGUGUCGGAGUUCACGCCGUCCAAGCCCAGGGAGAAAUGGUUGCGCAAACGCACUCAUGUCAAAAUUCGGAAUGUGACUGCCAACCACCGCGCGAAUGACGGCGUGUUCAUGGAGGACGGCGCCCAGACGAUGACGGCUCGCUUCAUGUACGGCCCGCUGGACAUGGUGACGCUCACGGGAGAGAAGAUCGACAUUCACAUCAUGACGCAGCCGCCCUCGGGCGAAUGGGUCUACUUCGACACGCAGCUCACCAAUAGCAGCGGCCGCGUCUCGUACGCGCUCCCCGACAACAAGCGGCUGGGCAUGGGGGUGUAUCCCGUCAAAAUGGUGGUCAGGGGCGACCACACCUUCGCAGACAGCUACCUCACCGUGGUGCCGCGCGGGACCGAGUUUGUGGUGUUCAGCAUCGACGGCUCGUUUGCCGCCAGCGUGUCCAUCAUGGGCAGCGACCCCAAGGUGCGAGCGGGAGCCGUGGAUGUGGUCAGGUACUGGCAGGACCUGGGCUAUCUCAUCGUGUACGUGACGGGGCGUCCGGACAUGCAGAAGCAGCGCGUGGUGGCAUGGCUCUCACAGCACAACUUCCCGCACGGCGUGGUCUCCUUCUGCGACGGCCUGGUUCACGACCCGCUCCGCCACAAGGCCAACUUCCUCAAGUGCCUCGUCGGCGAGGCCCAAAUGAGGAUCUUCGCCGCCUACGGCUCCAGCAAGGACAUAUCGGUGUACUCCAACGUCGGCCUCCCGCCGUCGCACAUCUACAUCGUGGGAAGACCCACAAAGAAGAUGCAGCAUCAGUGUCAGUUCAUUCCAGAUGGCUACGCCUCGCACCUGUCCCAGCUGGAGUACAACCAGCGUUCCCGUCCCGCCAAGCCGGCCAGCGCCCGCAUGGUCCUGCGCAAGCGCAGCUUCGGGAUGGGCGGCGCCUCGGGGGACUUCCUGCGCAAGCGCAACCACAUCUUCCGCACCAUUUCCGCAAAGAAGCCCGGCGGAGCGCCAUCCACCUCGCCCAAGCCUCCGGGCCGGACGGAGCGGACGCAGAGCCAGUGCGAGGCGGAGCGGGGCACGACGCCGCCGGCGAUGGCGGUGGCGGCGGCGCAGCGGAGCAUGAGCUUGGCGGCCGGAUGCUGGGGACGCGGUGGAAGCACCAAGGAGGGAGGUGCCGAGUUGUUGGGCCCCAAAUGAGCUGGUAGCAAACCGGCUGGAGCCACCGUGAUCUCAAAGAAGGAGUGGACUCGACAUGACUGUGUAGCAUGACUCUUUUACACUAACACUUUUCUAUAGGACACGACAAGGGAACGUUUCAAUUCAUUCAUGUAACGAGCCUUAAGCUAACGUGAUACACACACACACACGGCAUACAGUAUAAAAGCAUUUUCUACUGCAUACAAGCAGAGCGCCCAUUCGAUGUAACAGCUCAGGUUCAUUUCAUUUGACAAACGUUGCCAUGGUAAUCCGCUCUUUGUUUCCUAUGGAAAGCGGUUUGAGCGUUACAGAACGUUACAAAGACUGAAUAAUGCUCCGAUUGCUUUCCAUACUCGUUGCCACCGUCCUACAACAAUUUGUUUCUCCAUACAAGCCCUCCAGGUUCCUUCAAUGUGGCCAACAAGACCUUGUACACAGCACUAAUCCCUUUAGAGUGCUUUGCUUUGCAAUACCUCUCAUCGACCUGCUAGGGGCGCUGUGGUCCUAUGUACUGCUGCUGCUACUGCUGCUGGGAGUUUCUACUUUUUGCUCCUUUUGGAAAUAUUUACUGCUUGAAUGUUUAACGUGUAUUUUUUUUUCCACCCUUUUUUUUUCCUGGUGGAUUUUCGUGACAAGCUGGCACCAUGACGUUUACACGCCUCGCCAAUAGAGGGCAGCGUAAAGUUGUUGCUGUAAAAGGAAAUUUCCUGUACUGUACGUCUGAUGAUACAAGGUGUAAGCAUUCUAACCGACAAAAAUGAUGUCAGUAAAAGCAUCUUAAGCCGAUAAAGUGAGUGAGUGUAACAAAUGUGUGGAUGAAGUCAGAACUUCAAACUUUGUAAGGUUUUGCAUUGCUUUUCUUCGUGGCUUGGUUCUGCUGUUUUGGUCAGCAAGUAAUUUGACGGUUCCAGACUGUGCGCUCCAGCUCAGUUCCAAGGAGGAAAAUGACAUUACAAGUGAACCUGGUGCUAGCUUGUAACGAAAUGUACUUUAUGAAAGGCCUUAAAAAAAAGGAUACUAUCGUUAUAGCACUCCAGCGCAAAAGCCAAAUGAUCCUUUCACACUGUAGUUAAUCAACUGCAUAACCUCACUCGUAGAAAAACAAGAACCUCUAAAUCCGUAAUGCAUGUCUUAUUUAUUGAUUUCAGUCAUUUUAUGGGGAUGAAGAUAAUUAUGUAAAUGUGCCAAAAUAGUGGUAGUACAUAUUUGUUAUUUUAGAAGGAAAUGGGCGCUAUUGUACGUUGUUACUUGCUCUACAAGAAAAAGGGAUUCUUGCUGCAAACGAAUGGAGGUGACGUUAGAACUCGAAAUGUAAAGGAAUGAUCCGUGUCUCCUUUUUGCCCAUUGGAUAUUUCGUUUGGAAGCAAAUAUUAAAAAUAGACAAGAGUGGU